GUUUCAUCUGUAGGAGGUACAGAAGGUUCUAGUCCAGCCUCAAGUCCUAUAUCAGUAUCAAGUCUUACUGUGAUGGCAGCACCAAAAUUUGGUACCUUAGUGCCGAAUCGGAUUUUUGUUGGUGGAAUAUCUGCAAGUACAAGUGAAGCAGAGCUGGCUCAGCUUUUUUCUGCAUAUGGGAACGUUAAAGCUACAAAAAUAAUUGCUGACCGAGGGGGUGUUUCAAAAGGUUAUGGUUUUGUUACAUUUGAAACUGAAGAAGAAGCUAAGCGUCUUCAACAAGAGUCCGAGUGUAUCGUACUUAGAGAAAGAAAACUAAAUAUAGCACCUGCAAUAAAGAAGCAGCCAUUUGGUCGUUCAUUUGAUGGGGGAACUGGGUCUCCUCCUACAGUACCUACAAAUACUUACUAUUAUACAAAUGGAAUGGGACUUCCUUAUGCAAGUGGUGUUACCUACUACAAUACAGGAGGUCCAGGGCCAAGUGCUGCUAUAGCUACAUCAACUGAUCCAGCUACAUUGUACCAAGCCGCAGGAGUGUUUGGACCUCAAGCCACCACUAGUCAUCAAACUUUUGCGCCUGUGAUGUACCCAGUACCAGCACCAUCUCUUUAUAUGCCACAACAAUAUCAGUAUUCUGCAAUACCGUAUGAGCCUUAUUUCUCAGCAACAACUGCUACUGGUGGGCCGCAAUUUUUGUAUGCAACAAGUGGCACUCAAACAUCGACAAGUGGUAGUGGUAAUAGCUCAGGAACAAACAACAGUAGUACAGCUACAGUAACAGGGGUAGGUGCGACGAGUACUGCUUCGACAACAUCGUCUUUGGGUCCGUCUCCACCACAGUUUCAGACACACUUUUAUGGACCUGCGACUGCAACAGCUUCGCAUCAUCAUCCAAGUGCCCUAUCUGCCGGUCCCCACAGCCUGCCUCGGCUACCACCACACACCCAAAUGGAACACCUUUACUAUACGUAUUCACCAUCUCCACAUACGGCUCAAGCAUCAUCCCAUAAUGGUGGACCACUCGCUGUCACAGCUGAUCAGCAACUACUCAUCUACUCUCCAGAAUUAACUGGUCAAACAUCAGUCAACGAAUCACAGUUUAAUCUUCAGGAGGAUACUAGAUCGACGUCGAGCCUCUCGGAGCAGCUCCAUCAUGGUGGCACUGCCACAUUGGAUAGUGGCGGCGGCGGAAGUGGAUGCGUGGGUGGCGCCCAAUCCACCUGCCAAACCGCUGACCCACCCACCCCAUCCAUGCUUUCCCCAAUGCCCAUUAAAUAUUCCCUAUCCCAUCGCUACACCAACUUCCAUCCCAUAGUCGUGCACUCCAGCCUGCAGCAGCAACAACAACAACAGCCACAACAAAAACAGCAGCAACAACUGAGUCAACAGCCCAAUCUACAACAGCAGCAGACAAACCAUCAUCAAACCGGUGAUGGAAACACCAUCACUGAAGAGCACCACCGAGCCGUGUCUUUCUACCCGGCGUCCCUUUAUUCCCCUCAGAGUACUCAAUAUCUCUCGGCCGGUUCAGGUGGUAGUCUAUUGCCCACCCCAGGCCAGCAAUCUUAUGAUCUCAGCGUCAGCAGUUGUAAGCUCCGCGAUUAUACUAAACCCGGACUUGUGACCGGCACAACAUUCCUCCAUCGAUCGUCGAGCUGUCCUAAGCAAUACGGGGUCCCGGGAAUUCAAUCCGCGAGUCAUAUGUCAUCUUCUAUGGCCAAUCAUAAGUAUCCUCGAGUGCCGACGCCACCAGCACGUCUUUCGCAUCAAAACUACGGGCGCCGACUCAUGCAACCCCAGCUUCAACUUGCCUCAGCUGCUUACUACUUUCAACAGAAACCUUAUCAAUAUGGGAUCGUGGGUUCGCGUGCUGGUCAGCGUUUAUUGUAUAGAGCUCAACCAAGCCAGUUCUCUACUUAUGCGAUACAUCCAAUGCAAAAAGGCUUGGCUCUGACAACAGACUACGAAUAUGCUGAGAUGGGUCGUAGGGGUCUAGAAGAGGUUGCAAGGCAACCUGGGAGUAGAAAGAGCGUGAUUCUAAACAGCUACCGAGGCUCAAACCUGACGAUAGGAUCGUCAACGACUGCGGAGUCUGUUGAGGUAAUCGCAAACUCGACUUCGACAACAGUAACGGCGUCGACAAUAGCAAAUGCAAUUUCUAUGACGGCAGCGACGACGACGGUUGUCGCAACCGCAACAAUAAGUAACAAUAGUAACAAUAGUAACAUUAGUGUAUCGAGUGAGCCAGAAGUGAAAAUUAUCUUGCCAAGUGAUAGCCAGAGCCCACCCCCUGUCUCAUAUUCUCCUGUGAUUCGUCCUCUUCCAAAUCUCUCACCUUCUCCUAACCCAAAGCAGGUCCAGUUCUUUGGUUCGAGUAGCGGUGGCAGCAGUGGUAGUGGUGGCCAACGCUAUGGCAACUCUUCAUCCUCCAACAUCUCUCAUCAUCAACAACAACAGCAGUUGCGUAACGGCAAUGGUAACAGUAAUGGCGGCGGCGGCAGUAGCAGUGGUAGUGGCAGUGGCAGUGGCAGUGGCAGAUAUCCUACAACUUCGUCUGUGUCCAUUCGCGGCGGCAAGACUACAAGUGUUCUGCGCCAAUCAAACAACGGUCCAACUAAAUACAAGAUAAACGGUGUUGUCCAGCCAGGUACUGGUAAAAUGCCCGUAGACGAGGGCAGUCUUGGUGGUGCCGGGGACGCACCUCCCGUCGGUAGGCUACCGAUUACGCCUCCAGGUACGCCUCAAGAGGCAUCUGAAGAAUCAGAUCAGCAUCUCAGCGAUGCUUGUCGCCACAUUCAAACGCUCAAUCUUUAAGAUGUGAUUCAUUCGUCAAUGCUCCUUUACUGCCUUGAUGAGAUUUCUCGUGUCUUACACUUGUCGAUUGCUGGCUAAAAAAGCGCUAAUUAAACUUG